CUCACUCCCUGCCCUUACAGGCCCCUUCCAUCACGGCCCAGCCCGGAGCCCCAGGGCCUGCCGCCUCCUGCCCUGCACACCUGGUCUGGGGUGUGGGGGGGAGCAGAGGGGCCAGCACUGGCAACCCUGCCAGCGUCAACAAGUCUGGGGCUGUCCUCCGCCCAGUGGGGCAUGCACAAUGGACCUCUCCCUGGGGAGCAGAGUGGGGGCCACCUAGAGUGGGCAGGGGCAGGCCUGGAGCUGCCAGGACCUUGGAUGGGCAGAGAGGGGGAAACGGACCAGACACCCUCAUUCGGCCCCCAACACACACACUCGAGGUAGCCGGCAGAUGGAGGUCAUACCCAGAACAACAGGCCAGCGGACCUGGCCCUGGGCGCUGUGGCCUCCCUGCCCCCCUUACAUUCAUGGCACCUGAGGGUCCCACACACCUGGACUCUGCCCAGGCCCUGCUGCCUGCUGUGGGUAAGUACCCCCGCUUCAGAACUGUGAACUGAGGCUGGGGUGAGACCCAAACAAGAGCAGAAAGAUCAGUGGGUGGAGGCCCCUCUGGCUCUAGAGUCCUGUGAAGACACCCCAUGUGGCCCUUGCAUCGGCUUGCCCAUCCCCAGCCCAGAAAGCUGCGCUCCGCAUUUGCUGGCCUUUGCACAUACCGUUCCCUGCCCAGGCUGCCCCGCCCUGUGCCCCACUCCCAGGCUGCCGCCCCCUCUUCGGCCUCCUGCAGCCACCUGGCCACCACCCCCUCAGAGCAGUUAUGCACUGUCUGCGCCCGCAGCCCGGGAGCACCCCUAGACAGCUGCUUCCUGCCUUGUGGUGGUCACUUAUGUUCCGACACACAUCUUGGGUCCUUCUGGAUCCUUCUGGAUCCUUCUGCUGGGAGCUGGCUCUGCCCCGCACAGAGCCUGGCAGAUGUUUCCCAGAAAGAAUUGGUUAUUCAACCAAUCUGUGUGUGCAGGUGGGCAGGGAUGGCAGAGGAUUGGCCCCACCUGCCCUCAAGAAGCUCCUGGGCACAUCCUGGAGGUUCCCCCCGCACCCUUGCCCCCCCUCUCAGACAUACUAGCUCUGCCCCCCUGUUGGCUGGACGGCUGUGGGGUGGGGGUGGUGGGUAGAGUCCCCAGCUAGUAGAGGACAGGGAGGAAGCCUUCCCAGGAAAAGCAGCUUGAAGGCCUGGGGGGGAGAGACACGACUGGCCCCCACGGAUGGAAGGAGGCCUGGCUCUGGCUACAGGGGGCAGUGUCUGGUCACCCAGGUGGGACCCCUGGAGGGGUGUCGCCCAGGACCAGAUGGGUUCCUUCUCUCUUGCCCCGGGCGCUGUUCGUGGUCGCCUCCCCCAGCCCCACCAGGUCACCCAUCUCCCCGGGCAGUGCCUGUCAGCCCUGUGGCGCCCGCAGCUGAAGGGACACGGGCCUGGACAGCAGAGACCCCCCCCCCCGUGCUCCCCACUCUUCCUGAGCCCUGGCCCUGCUCUCACCUCUCAGAAUGUCCACAAGGAGCCUCGCACCCACCAGCGAGCCUGCGGCACAGCCCGCUGCUUUCAGGGGCCCCACUCUGCUUCCGUGAGACCCGGGGCAAGGAACCUCAUGUCUCUGGGCCUCGGUUUCCUCGGCUGACGCGGGCGUCACGGCAGCCCCGCUAGGGUGUGGUGAGGAAGGGGGUUAACGGCGGGAAGAGCGCGCGCUGUGGGGCCGGCUGCUGUCGUCAGUGUCCCGCUCUGCCCGGUGGCCUCCUGCAACCACGCGACGUUGGUCGUCCGGGGCCUCCUCAGCAAUGAGGAAGCCGAGGCUCAGAGAGGUGAAGUCACCUGUCCAAGGUCACACAGCUGGGCCCUGGGGGAACUGGCAUCUGAGCCCAGGAUUGCGUCUCCUCCCGGCCCUGGACUCAAUCCCUGCGCCGGCUUCCUCGCCGGGUCCCACGGACGGGCCAGGCAGGGUCUGCAGAGCCCGCGGCAGGUGGAGCCCCCGGCGGGCACCGUGGCCUGCCCCCUCCCGCCCUUAUGUGGGGUACCACACCCCGGGCGCGGGUGGGGGGAGCCCCCAGUCCUCGAGAGCAGAGAGCAGCCCCGGGCAGGGCGGGCGGCGCUCUGGGGAAGGGGCGGGGACAGGGCGGGCAAACCGGUCGGGCGGCUGGCACCCAGCUGGGGCCUGUCUCCGUGGGCCCGAGCGCAGCAGCUCGGCAGGGCAGGGAGCCGGCCCGAGGCCGCCACAGGCCCCCCGCCUCCCGCCGCCGCCACCAUGCACAAACACUACACCGUCCGCUUCGCCAGGGGCGCCCUGCCCCUCCAGACCCCCGCUGAGCGCUACUUCUUGGAUCCGGAGUUGGGGCACCAAAAAGGGUGCUGUUACCAGUGGUGCCAUGACCCAGCGGCCCUUCAAGCCCACGGGCCCUGUCGGCUGCCCCCACAGGUGUGCUGGCAGCGGGCCUACCACAGCCACCGGGGGGGUGUCAGCGGCUGCCGCCGGGGCCCCCAGCCCCCCAUCUUGCAGCAGCAGCAGCAGCAGCAGCCCCAGCCCCCACCUCCCAACCCCCUGCGGCAGCGACUCUGCUCCGUCCCAGGGGCCCGGAAGGGGCCACCUGCAACGGCUGCUGUCCCCAUGCAACCGGCCGCCGCCCCCGAGCCGCCCCCCGAGCCCACCAUCUCACCCACCGCGGCUCCCGCCAUGGCCAGCAGCGGCCCAGGCCUGGCCUCCGCAGCCCGCGCCCUCCUGGAGCCCGGCAGGCCCAGUGCCGCCCGCCCCCUGCCUGUCCCCGCAGCCUGCGGCUCCUUCACCUACAGCUCCGAUAUCCUGACAGAAGAUGAUGUCUACUGCAGCUGCCUGGCCAAGACCCUCUGCCAUGUGCCCGUCCCGGUGACCGUGGGUUUCUAUGCCCCCUUUGGCUGCCGCCUGCACAUGAUGCUGGACAAGAUCACUGCGCUGAUGCAGCAGGAGGCGGCGCAGCGCGAGGCCGAGGAGCUGCGGCGCGUGCAGUGGCAGCCGCGGCCGGUGAGCGGCUGGGGCUUCCCGCGGCUGCUGUGGUACCUGGUGUUCCUGCAGCCGGUCAUCACCGAGGUGCACCUGCGGCGCAAGAACGUCAAGUUCCUCUUCAUCCGCUUCAGCGCCUGGCAGUACGCGGGCACGGACAAGCUGUGGGCCGGCCUGGUGACCACGCUGUGCGAGGGCAUCCGCCACCAGUACGGCGCGCUGCCCUUCAGCGUGUACUCGGUGCUGGGCAACAAGCCGGCCACGACGCCGGGCUUCUGCCAGCGCGAGUGGCACUGCCGGCGCCGCGUGUGCCUGGCGCUGCUGGCGCUGCUGGCGGCGCUCGGCCUGGGCGUGGGGCUGCUGUACCUGUCGGUGGGCGCCCGCGCGCCGGGCCACGGCGCGGCCAGCGGCAGCCUGCUGCGGGUGUUCGGCGGCGCGGCCACCACGCUGUCGGGCUCGGGGCUGCUCAUGGCCGUGUACUCGGUGGGCAAGCACCUGUUCGUGAGCCAGCGCAAGAAGAUCGAGCGGCUGGUGUCGCGCGAGAAGUUCGGCAGCCAGCUGGGCUUCAUGUGCGAGGUGAAGAAGGAGGUGGAGCUGCUCACCGACUUCCUGUGCUUCCUGGAGAUCUACCAGCGGCGCCGGCUGCGCGUCGUGCUCGAGGUCACCGGGCUGGACACGUGCUACCCGGAGCGCGUGGUGGGCGUGCUCAACGCCAUCAACACGCUGCUGUCCGACAGCCACGCGCCCUUCAUCUUCAUCCUGGUGGUGGACCCCAGCAUCCUGGCCGCGUGCCUCGAGAGCGCCGGCUCCAUGAAGGGCACGGCCGACAACGGCUACCUCUUCCUCAACCGCACCGUCACGCUGCCCUUCUCCGUGCCCAUCAUGGGCCGCCGCACCAAGCUGCAGUUCCUGCAGGACGCCGUGCUGAGCCGCGACGACCUGCUGUACCGCGAGAUGACGCGCAAGCUGCGGCCGGGCAGUGGCAGUAGCGGCGGCGGCGGCGGCGGCGGCGGCGGCGGCGGCGGCGAGGACGCGCAGCUCCUGGCGGUGGAGACGCGGGUGGGCACCGAGCGCGCGCAGAGCCGCAUAGACGCCGAAGCGGCGCGCCGCAUCCAGGAGGCGCUCCUCUGCCUGCACGACGAGCGUGACUGCCUCUAUGAGUACGUGCCCGACAACGUGGUGUCCAUGCGGCGCAUCGUCAACACCGUGCCCAUCACCGUGCGCCUGCUGCAGCAGCAGGACGGGGACUGCGCGGGCCCCACGCCGCGCCAGGCCGUGGCCUGGGUCGUGCUCGCCAACCAGUGGCCGUGCCGCCUCAGCUGGGUGCUGCAGUGCCUGGAGGACCGACAGCAGGCGGGGGGCGCGCCCGAGGCCCGCGCGCGCCUCUGGGACGUGUUUUGCGACAACAGCCGCGAGCUGCACUCCAUGACCAAGGCGUUGCAGAACGUGCUGGACUUGGACGGCGACCCGGAGCUUUUCGAGCGCUUCCUGGGCUCCGACUUCCCCUUCACGGUGGCCGAGGCGCAGAGCCUGCUGCGCUGCACCGUCAACCUGGACCACUCCAUCCGCCGCCGCAUGGGCCUCAUCCGCGCGGUCAGCGCGCUCAAGCCGCCCAGCCCGCCCAAGUCCCCGGCCCACGACCCCCCCCACGCCACAAACGGAGCCGGCCAUGCCCCCGGGACGGUCCGGUCAGGUCAGGGUGCCGAGCAUGUCCGUGGGCACGCCAGCGAAGCCCACCAGCCCCGGGACUGGGCGCAGGGGGGCAAGCCGAGACCCCUGGCCUGAGAGAACCCUUACCGCCCAGGUGGGCCUUGAAUGAGUACCCGGAGCAGCAGGAGGCAAGGCUCCUCCCUCCGCCCAGACAAGGUGUAAGGGGUUGGACUGAGCCCAAGGCCCAGGGUCCACGUCCACAAUGAGGCCUGUGGUGGCCACACACCGCAGGUGAAUCCGUGAGCCAGAGAGGGCCGUUGGCAGUAGCAGCGUACAGUGCCAAUGUCAGAGCUGGCACCAGAGGACCAGUUUAGAGCCCCGGGUUCAAGUGCAAUAAACGGAGAUGUGAAAGCCCCCA